AUGGAUAAAAAAAUAAAGGCUGCUCAGCUGAAAAGGAGAAUAGCGGUCGAAAACAUAAGUGCCCUCGAACGGUUCCAAGCGCAGUUUUCGGGAGAUGACGCCAAGCAAAUCCCGGAGGCGUUAGAAGACUUGGAACGUCAUAAGGAAGGGUUCUUCGCCGCGGUAUCGAAGCUGGAAGAGCUCGACGACAGCAAUGAGGCGAUCGAAGCGUGCAUUAUGGAGAGGAUCAACAUCGAGGAGCGAUUGCGUGAAUACUAUCGCAAGUUGCACUAUCUUCCGGCAGUGCAAUCGGAGAGUGUAGAAAAGCUUACUUGCUUAGUGGACGAAUUUUCGCGAUAUGUGAACGGUUUUGUGAAGUUAAAUGAGCCGGUGGAUUCAUGGGACACGCCAUUAUCCAACAUGCUACUAAUGAAGUUGGACCGUGCGACACUUUUAGCGUGGGAGAAACAUUCAGUGCAUUUUCCAAAGGACCGCUACAAGGAAGUGAUCGCAUUUGUGCAAGACAGGAUACAAAUCCUGAAAUCAACGAACAACUUCACGAGUGAUACAAACGAUAGUGCGAGUAAGGUGGCCGGCACAUUUCGAUCUUCAGCGUCACGUAGAUCGAUUGCACAAGCUGCUUCUUCACGAUCAUUUCCCCCUAGUGCUCCGACCCACAAGUGUCCUUUGCAGUGUGUCGACAGUCACCUUCUAAGGAGCUGUCCGGUGUUCACCGGUAAGGAUGUGAAUCAGCGUCGUGAAAUCGUGUCAUCCAAGCAUCUGUGUUGGAAUUGUUUGAGUGAUUCCCACCAGCUGAAGGCUUGCAAAUCGGACUAUGCUUGCCGUACAUGUCGUCAGCGGCAUCAUACGCUGCUACAUGUUCCUGCAAGUUCAACGGUGGCGAUGACACUGCAAGACAAUGCUGGGAUGGUGUUUUUGGAAACGGCGCUGCUUAACAUCGUGGACGAUUACGGUGUGAGGCAUGAAGCAAGGGCGCUGCUCGAUUCGGGUUCUAUGUCGAACUUCAUCUCCGAGUCGCAGGCUCGGAAGAUGCUCGGAACACCUCGGAACAAGGUAAAGGUGUCGGUCACGAGCAUCGGAAACAACGUGCAACUAGUGAAAGGAUCGAUCUUUGCAUCCGUGGAAUCAAGGAGCCACGCGCAUGCUUCUCAGCUCGAGUUGCUCGUUGUUGACACCCCUUUCCUGCACAUUCCAACGGCGUCCAUUGACGCGUCGUCGUGGAUAAUUCCUGGUUUGCCACUUGCGGACCCGUCAUUUUAUGAGCCUGGCAAGAUCGACAUCAUCAUCGGAGGAGACACGUAUUGGGAGCUCCAUUCUGGCCGAAAACGUUCCCUCGGCAAAGGAAAACCGUGGCUUGUAGAGACCCCAUUCGGUUGGGUCGUUGCUGGCAACGUAUCACCAGGUACAUCGCAUGAAUCGCGUUUGUGCCACCUAUCGACCAGCAGUUCAUCUUCCAUGGAUUCCAUAAUGGAGCGUUUCUGGGAAAUCGAAACGAUCAGCGAUGAUCCGACAGUGUCAGCGGAAGAGGAUGCCUGCGAGAAACAUUUCGUGGCCACUACAACCAGAGAUGCUUCGGGCAGGUAUGUUGUUCGUUUACCGCAAAAUACUAAUCCUAGUAUCGUUUUAGGAGUGUCGAAGGCGAUCGCUGAUCGUCGGCUCCUAGCGGUGGAACGACGUUUAAGGUCCAAUCCUACAAUGAAGGAAGAGUAUAGCAGUUUUAUGAAGUCGUACUCCUUCAUCGGCAUGUGGCGUCUAGGCCACAUGAAAAGACUUACCGAUCCUGUUGAUGAUUCAUGUGAGCAUUACUACCUUCCUCAUCAUGCGGUAGUAAAAGAAACGAGCACAACCACUAAGGUCAGAGUAGUGUUUGAUGCAUCGUGCAAAUCGUCAUCUGGAUACUCGUUGAACGAUAGACUAUUGGUUGGACCCGUCAUUCAAGACGACCUCUUCACGAUAAUCGUUCGUUUUCGAUCACGCGCAAUCGCCUUGUCAGCCGAUGUCGAAAAAAUGUACCGCCAAAUUCGCCAUGAUGAAGACGAUCAUCGGUAUCUUCGGAUUCGGUACAGAGAAGAUCCGACUCAACCCAUUCAAACCUUCGAACUACAAACGGUCACCUACGGCACCGCAUCCGCACCAUUUUUGGCGACUCGUACACUGAAACAAAUUGCCUAUGACCAUCAGACGCUGUAUCCAAGGGCGGUCAACGCAGUUAUUCACGAUUUCUAUGUGGAUGACUUGCUAACGGGAACAGAAGAGGUGUUGGAUGCAAUCGAAAUGCGGAAACAAAUUUCUGAGAUGCUCAAUUCUGCUGGCUUCUCGUUAAAGAAGUGGGCAUCCAACAUGCCAGAAGCACUCAAAGGCGUUCCACCAGGCGAUUUGGCAAAUAAUUCCACACAUGAGUGGAAAGAUCCACAAUCCGUAUCAACCCUGGGACACGUGUGGGAACCAGCAGUUGAUAUGCUUCGGUUCCGGAUCGAUCUACCACCGGCUGUGACGUAUGUGAAGAACAAAAACGCUGAAGAGUUUAAAGAUCAGUUCCCAGAAGCUGUUCAGGCCAUACAGAGGAAACAUUACGUGGAUGAUUACUUCGACAGUGUUGAUACCAUCGAGGAAGCGAUCAAGAUGGCACAAACAAUGAAAGAGAAUGACAUCAAGAAGAACGUGUGGUAA